CUCGGAAAGUAGAGGAACGACGAACACAAAAAUAGGUUUAGCAAGGGUUUAAGGCCGCCACAAUUCAUCACUUCCCUCCACAAAAGCCCUCAAAUUUAAGUCCGAUUCUUCCUCUUCACCGCUGAAUCUUGAUCUUACCCACAUUUCCGCUUCAUUUGAUCUUUUCCACCUCAUCUUACAAACCCCAUCCAUCCACCACUUCACCGCUACCAAUUCAAUCCAUCUUCCUGCACAUUUCUAUUAACUCUCACACACCCAAUUCACAUAUCUUCAACAAACCCUUAAAACCCCAAAUUUAUCAUGUGGAGACACGUGGCCAAUCGAACUUCAAUCAAGAAACUCAAAGCAAUUGCUGAUAAAUCAAGUUUUAGACACACCCAUUUUCUUGAAAAAACCACACAAUCAGAGCUUCACCCGUUUCACCCUGAUCGAAUCUGUUCAUAUAACCAAAAGGGUUUUCAAAUCAGCCCAUUGGGUGAUACAAAGUUCAAAACUUUAUUGAAUUCUUGCAGUUUUUCACAUGGGUUCAAGGGUUUUGCUAGUUCAGCUGCAGCAGAACAGAUUGUGUCAACAGAAGAGGAAGACAGCGAUGAGGUUCGUGAAAUCGAAUCGCCUUUGGAUAAAGAUAACAGUUACAAUCGUCCGAAUCAACUGGAACACAAACAGAAACAGAAAAAGAAACAUGAAGCCAUAAUUGGGCAGGGGAAGUACAUUGCGCUGCGAAGACGACAGAUAAAGGUCGAAACGGAAGCGUGGGAGGCUGCAGCGAGGGAGUAUCAAGAGCUGUUAGUCGAUAUGUGUGAGCAGAAGCUUGCGCCGAAUUUGCCUUAUGUGAAGUCAUUGUUUUUGGGUUGGUUUGAGCCGUUGAAGAAUGCGAUUUCGGCUGAGCAGGAUUUGUGUAAAGAAGGGAAGAAUCGAGGGGCGUAUGCUCCGCAAUUCGAUCAGUUGCCUGCGGAUAUGAUGACGAUAAUCACAAUGCAUAAGUUGAUGGGGCUGUUGAUGACUGGUGGUGGUGAGGGUGGUGCCAGGGUGGUUCAGGCUGCACUACAUAUCGGUGAAGCGGUUGAGCACGAGGCAAGAAUACAUAGAUUCAUGGAGAAAUCUAAAAGAAAGACUACGUUAAACGAGAGCGUGGAUGAUGAUCCGGAAGCUGUGAACAACGAACAGCAAAUGCAGAAGUUAAGGAAAAAAGUAAAUGUUUUAGUGAAAAAGAAAAAGUUGCAGCAAGUAAGGCAUAUUGUGAAGCAACAAGAUGAAAUGAAGCCAUGGGGACAAGAUGCACAAGUUAAGGUUGGUUCUCGUUUAAUCCAGUUAUUAAUGGAGACAGCUUAUAUUCAACCUCCUGUUGACCAAUUUGAAGAUUGUCCACCUGAUGUUCGGCCCGCAUUUGUACAUACUCUCAAAACUGUGGAAACACCGAGAGGCAGCCGAAGAUAUGGAGUUAUUGAAUGUGACCCCCUGGUUCGAAAAGGACUGGAAAAAAGUGCUAUGCACAUGGUGAUUCCAUAUAUGCCGAUGCUGCUCCCUCCGGUUAACUGGACCGGUUACAAUAGAGGAGGUUACUUGUUUCUACCAUCGUAUAUUAUGCGCACACAUGGAGCUAAACAACAACGUGAUGUAGUUAAACGCACUCCAAAGAAGCAACUGGAACCUGUUUUUGAGGCGCUUAAUACACUUGGUGCUACAAAAUGGAGGGUGAAUAGAAAAGUUCUUGGAGUUGUAGACAGAAUAUGGGCUAGUGGAGGCCGUUUAGCUGAUUUGGUUGAUCGUGAUGAUGUUCCUGUACCUGAAGAACCGGAUACAGAUGACGAAACCGAAAUUAAAAAAUGGAAAUGGAAAGUUAAAACCAUUAAAAAAGAAAACAGAGAAAGGCAUUCACAACGAUGUGAUAUUGAACUAAAACUUGCGGUUGCUAGAAAAAUGAAAGAAGAGGAAGGGUUUUACUACCCACACAAUCUCGACUUUCGGGGGCGAGCAUACCCAAUGCAUCCGUAUCUAAACCAUUUAGGGUCCGAUUUAUGUCGAGGUGUUCUCGAGUUUGCUGAGGGACGACCACUUGGCACAUCGGGAUUAAAAUGGCUAAAAAUACAUUUAGCAAAUGUUUUUGGUGGUGGUGUGGAUAAACUAUCGCAUGAGGGUCGAGUGGCGUUUACAGAAGAACAUUUGGUUGACAUAUAUGAUUCUUCAGAUCGACCGCUUGAAGGAAAAAGAUGGUGGUUGAACGCAGAGGACCCGUUUCAAUGUUUGGCCACUUGUAUGAAUCUUGCUGAAGCUUUACGAAGCUCGUCUCCCGAGACGACCGUAUCACAUAUGCCAAUUCACCAGGAUGGUUCGUGUAAUGGCUUGCAACAUUAUGCUGCGCUUGGAAGGGACAAGUUAGGAGCAGCUGCUGUUAAUCUGGUUCAAGGCGAAAAACCAGCUGACGUGUACUCUGGGAUUGCUUCUAGAGUUAUUGAAAUCAUGAGGAGAGAUGCAGAGGGAGACCCCUCGACUGAUCAAAACGCGAAGCAUGCACGACUGUUAGUUGACCAGGUGGACAGGAAGUUGGUUAAGCAAACAGUGAUGACAUCAGUGUACGGCGUGACAUAUAUUGGUGCUCGUGACCAAAUCAAAAGGCGGUUAAAGGAACGUUGUGCCAUUGAAGACGAAGCGGUUCUGUUUGCUGCUUCUUGUUAUGCUGCAAAAACCACGUUGACUGCUUUGGGUGAGAUGUUUGAAGCUGCAAGAAGUAUUAUGAGCUGGCUUGGUGAUUGUGCAAAAGUUAUAGCUAUGAAAAACCAUCCUGUUCAAUGGACGACUCCUCUUGGACUUCCCGUUGUUCAGCCAUACCGCAAAUUAGGAAGGCACCUUAUAAAGACAUCUCUUCAAGUUCUAACACUACAAAGAGAAACCGAUAAAGUCAUGGUUAAGCGUCAAAGAACGGCUUUUCCUCCUAAUUUCGUUCACUCUCUUGACGGGUCCCACAUGAUGAUGACCGCCAUCGCUUGUAAAGAAGCUGGCUUAAGUUUUGCAGGAGUGCACGAUUCAUUUUGGACACACGCGUGUGAUGUUGACCAGAUGAGCGUGAUCCUUAGAGAAAAGUUUGUUGAACUUUAUGAAGCACCAAUCUUAGAGAAUCUGUUGGAGAGUUUCCAGAAGUCAUUCCCGAAUAUGGAAUUCCCUCCGUUACCCGAGAGGGGCGAUUUUGACCUAAAAGAGGUUUUAAAGUCCCCGUAUUUCUUCAACUAAGACUCUAAACCGCAUUCACUAUGGCUGCCAAUUGGUUGUUAUAUUGCGCGUUAUGGGGUGCAACGCGCACUCAUCGAAGUUCACUAUAACAUGACUUUUUGGUCCUUUGGAACCCUUGGUUUGAACCGGAUCUAUGCACGCCUCUGUAAAUUUCCUGACAUGAUGUGCACGUUAUAAACAGAUCAAAUGAGGAUAAGGUGCAACCGACGACUGGAUUUAAGGGUGUUUGUUAACUGUAACUAACUCAUACGCCAUUUAUAUUUUUAGGGGACUAAUUUUAAUUUUUUUUUGUUGUUCACGGUCCCAUUAUUCAUCAAGUGGUAUGAACGAAUAAGGAGAUAGAAGAUACCGACAUUUUUUUAAGUAUACGACGUACAUGUUUGUAUUCGGAUGGAUUUUAAUCUACAUACGCGAUCUGCUUUAUAUUUUA